CAUAUUAUAUUUGAGCAAUUUAAUCUUAUUAAGUGAGGAGUUCUUCAGUGACACUGUGGAAAAGAAUACAAAGCAUUCGUGAGAUAAAGUCCUAGGCGAGCACCAUUCCUAUGAGUUAUUUUUGUUCAUCUAGAUGAGUAUCAGUCUAAUAUGUUUCAUUUGUCCUUUCUGUUGCUGGUCCUGUCAGAAAUACUCUUCCAGGGUGUGUAAUGAAAAUCCACCACUGGAGGGAGUCUGGGCGCUUUCAAACAGAAAAUCUGAGCAAUCUGAGCCAGGUCCAGAGAAACGGAAAGAAAGGACGUGAGAGAAAAAGCUAAUGUUGUGUUCUUUUGGACUAGCAUGUACAAGGCAGAAGUGGUAGGCUUUCGGGCAAAAUUUAAUUUGCUCUCCUUUUCCUUCGGUCCAACCCUUCCUACAGAGACAGAAAACUCAAGAGAAUCAGAGAAAAACUGCAAAGGGAGGCCUGAGACUGCAACGUCUCGAGAGUGAUAGUCUCCCGUGGCCCCAGCAUGGCACUCGGGAACAAGCUGCAAAAUUGCAGCAGUCUCUUUGCUGUAGAUUCUCCCUUUGGACACAAGACGCAGAUGUCCCUCGACGUCCCCAGGUGAAAACCCAGAGGCCCUUUAGGUGAUCUGCGCAAACUUUGCUACCAGGUUACUGUUUCAGCAGAAAGACAAAUGCACAUUUCUAUGGAUCUGUCUGCAAAGUCCAAUGAGAGGCUCUAUUCUGAAGAAGAAAGGAAACCUUUUCUUCGCUAACUCAUCCCUCCUUCCUUUCUGCACCCCCCCCCCCCCACACACACACAAGUGUUAAUGACAUUUUUGCCUUUAGGGAAGUGGGAUAGAAGAGAGUUGAGCAGUUGCCGGGACCCGUAUGAAUACAUUCUCUUAGCUCAAAGGUACAGGGUGUAAAGUAUUUCUAAUCGGAUCACUUGCCGCAUUAAUGUCCUCUCGGCUGCGGAUUUGCACUGAAUUGUAAUAAUUUUCAACUGUGAUUUCUCAGAAUUAAAAAAAAAAAUCCGUGUUUUCAGAGCAUCAUUAAAAACCAGUUUAAAGAAAUCUCUCCCUUCCCGUUUAUUAACCUUUAAACCACUGGUAAGAAGUAAAAUCUAUGAACCUUUUACUUCUUUGCAGUAAAUAUCUGCCUUUCCAAACAAGUCAACACCUCUAGACACAAAAUCUUGUUUAAGGGACCGCAGUUGGUAAUAAAAAUACAACUGUAAUUGCUACACCUCAACCAGAAGGUAUUGUGUCGCCGCCGGAGAACCCGGAAUAUACUUUGUCCUCCGAUAAAGGGAAGAUAACCCACAUUCACAAUGACACGUUCCCAAACCCCACCCCCAGCGCUCUUAAGGAAAAGGUGUGGAAUCUUUCCGAACAUUCUAAGCAGCAUGCAGCAUCCAAAGGGUUACGAAUCUCAGCAGCCAGGCUCCCGUAGUGGAUACAGGCCACUCCGAUCUCCCAGUAAUUCAAUUAGUCAGGUUUCAGGAAGGUGGGGCCGGUGUUUUUUGGAGGGGGGAGGGGAGGAGAUUAGGAAAACGCCUCUUUCUCGUGUUGCAAACCAAUCGGGUUGAAGUAAAGAGAGGGAAAAAAAGCAAUCUGUAAGCAAACAGCAGGCUGCUCCCUGACUGGCUACUCCUGCAAAUCCCUCUUUCCCAAGUAAACUGCAUGGAAAAAGAAAAAAAAAACCACAUGAUCAACCAGCAGCGCUUGGGCUCUGAGCUAGCUGGCUGCACCUCCUCUGUGCACAUACUCCGAAAACAUACACGCACACACGCCAACCAGCUUCCAGAUCGCUCACACAUGCAGACAUAUGCAUGGAUAUAAAAUAUAUAUGCUGCAUACGUACUCGCAUAUGUUCAUUGCACAGAGGGCGCCCAGCUUUUGGAUUGUCCUAGGUUGCCGCUGAUGUCGGAUUUACACGCAGGUCAUUGCGAAGGGGGCGUAACUGUUUAAGAUUUUUUUUUCUCCUAUAAAGCACCCCCUCUUUUUUCAAAACUGACUUUUGCCCCCCUCUCCAGGCGUUGAAAUCCUUCCCUGGCUGCCGCUGCACUGAAGUUCAUUUAUUUUUUUUUUUGCAGGGUACUGUUUUUUUGGGGGGUGGGGUGGGUGGGGGAGCGGUGUGGUUCCCCCCUCUUGUUGCUGCUUUUUUUUUUUCCAGAAAGGAAAAGGGAGCAGCUGCCGAAGAACAAAAUUUUCUGAUGUAGUCAUCGGUGAGGCUUCUCUUUUUGCUCUUUUUCUGAUUUGAAACUGAUUUAUGCAUUUCUCCAAGUUAAUGUUCCUGGGAUUGGACUCGUCUUAACCACAGACACUUUGACAGCUUGUUCCAGAGAUGUUUGGAUCUCAGUUUAUGGCUCUAUCUCAAUCUCAGUCCUUGUGCGGACGAGGGGACUGACACCAAUUUUUUCCCAGAGUUUGACGGAUUAAUUUAAAAUUAUUUUUUUUCACCCUUCAGCAAAACAGUCUUAUUUGUGUCGACUUGAUUUGGCAUCAUAGCACUGCUUGGAUUGGCUGAUUUUAACAUCUGCUGUUUCUUACACUCUUUGGUGCACCCACAGCCCAGCAAAGAGAAGAAUACGAGAAAAAAUCUCUAUCAAGUCUCCUCCAACACACUGGGUAUCUGCUCUUUCUCUUCCUCCGCCUCCUUCUCCUUCUCCUCCUGCCGCCGCCGCCGCUGCUGCUGCUGCUGCUGCUGCUGCUGCUGCAGAACCACCGCUUCGUCUCCGUACCGCAGCCAAACUCUACCGAGCAUUUCGGUUGGAUAAAGAAAAGGACCAAACUUUCUUAAAGGUUUGGGUGGCACCGCCAUUCUUCUUCAGCCCAACUACUUUUAACCAUUUCCAGGACUGAGCAGGAGUGAGAUUUAAUUAGGCAGUUUUGCUUCCCCACCCAUCUUUGCUCCUCACUGCCUCUCCUGAACCCGCAGCAUCUACUUCCUCAAAGACUUCCACGGGCUUGGAAGGCAAAGGCGAAAGGGUGCUGGUGAGUGGAGCAGUUUAUUUUCAGAGAAGAAGCGCAUACACCCCAAGCCAACCACUUUCUUUCGGCAAUUAAAAAAAUCGACUAUCAAAAUAACUUUGAACGAAGCAAGAGAGAGCGAGAGAACAGCGCCGGAGAAGAACCACCACCCGUCAGCGGCCACUACCACCCUCAGCUGGAGGUGCACGGGCUGAGCGGGGGUGGGUGGGCUGGUGUAUGUCUCCCUGUGGCUGCUGCACUGAACUCCCGGUGAAUGUGCGCGGAGCACCGCCACCUCCUCGUUGUGCCGCCGCCGCCAAAGCCGGGUUCGGCUCCCACCUCCCCCUACCGGGGUGACCAACCUCCUCCCACUUCUUAAGAAACAGAUUUGGCAUCCUCCCGCUCCCCCCUCCCAACCACGAAAUACAGACACGUCUCUUCUCCCUCUUUUAUUUUCUUUAUUUCUUUCUUAAACUCCUUGCUCCCUCCCGCCCCCCCCCCCCGGGGGGUGGGAGAGCUCGCUUGAUUAAAAGAAAAAAUCCGUGAUUUUUCUCUUUUCUCCUCGCACCCACAUCCUGAUCUUCUGUUUAGGAGACCCUUCUUUUCUUUUCCUCCCCCCUCAUUUUUUUCCUUUCCAUCUUACCCCCCCUGCCCUUUCUCCCUCCAGUGUUUGUGUUUUUCACUAUUGGAAGGGAGUGAUGUUGCACGUGGAGAUGUUGAUGCUGGUGUUUCUGGUGCUCUGGAUGUCUGUGUUCAGCCAAGAUCCUGGUUCCAAAGCUGUCGCUGAUCGCUACGCUGUCUACUGGAACAGUACCAACCCCAGAUUCCAGAGAGGGGAUUACCACAUCGAUGUCUGUAUUAAUGACUACCUGGAUGUGUUCUGCCCUCAUUACGAGGACUCAGUCCCUGAAGACAAGACAGAACGCUAUGUCCUCUACAUGGUGAACUUUGAUGGCUAUAGCUCCUGUGACCAUACCUCCAAAGGUUUCAAGAGGUGGGAAUGUAAUCGACCACAUUCUCCAAAUGGACCACUGAAAUUUUCUGAAAAAUUCCAGCUCUUCACUCCCUUUUCUCUAGGAUUUGAGUUCAGGCCAGGCCGGGAAUAUUUCUACAUCUCCUCAGCAAUCCCAGAUAACGGAAGGAAGUCCUGUUUAAAGCUCAAAGUCUUUGUUCGACCAGCAAACAGCUGUAUGAAAACUAUAGGUGUUCAUGAUCGUGUUUUCGAUGUUAACGACAAAGUAGAAAAUUCAUUAGAACCAGCAGAUGACACCGUACAUGAGUCAGCCGAGCCGUCCCGUGGUGAGAACGCGGCCCAAACACCAAGGAUACCCAGUCGGCUUUUGGCAAUCCUACUGUUUCUCCUGGCGAUGAGUUUGACAUUAUAGCACACUUUACUCCAGUAACCUGUCACAGAAAACAUCAGGAUCUUGGAACAGCAGAGAUCCGCCUAACUGCUCAUCCUAAGAAAGGGACUUUUUAUUGGUUUUUGCAGAUGUCCGAUUUCUUUUUCUUUUUCUUUUUUCCCUUUCAGCCUGAACUUUAAGCAACAACGUGGGAGGCAUAACUCGUUUCUGCCCUCCCCAUUCCCCUUUGCCCGUGAUUCUUCUCGCCCUUUCCAAAUUAAAUGGACUCCAGAUGAAAAAGCCAAAUGGUUCCAAUGACACCCGUUACUCUUAUGCUCCUGUGCAUUCUCUUCAAAGGACUCACGUCUGUUAGCUUAGCACGGCAUCAGUAUGUGGACAAGGAAGAGUAGUGGCAGAUGCAGUCAGUGAAGGGAAAGCCCAGGAGGACUUUCCUCUCCUCUCUUCUCCUCUCCUCUCCAAUAGUGAUGCCUUCUCAUUGAGUACUGUCAGCUGAUCGUGCAGGACAUCUUGUCACCAUGUCAGGACUGGAGGGGAGAUAUUAGGAAUAGAUAGGAUGUAACCUCAUUUCCUCUAGGAGUUCCUAAAUUAGCAGGCUUCUAAAAGGUAAAGACACUGGUUUUCUUUAAAAAGAAAAAGAGACUGUCCUCAAGAAAUCCUGACAGUAAGACUUGCGCGCCAUCUCGGAAGCUUUCUUUUGAAAGAAGGUUACAGGUAGAGCUAGACACAAAGCACGCGUGGUACCAUAGAUAGCAGUACACUGGGGGUAUGUGUGUAUGUGAGUGCCUCUGAUUUUGUUUUAACUGGGAAGCGCAUACCAGGGUUUUUUCUUUACAACUAGAUCACCAUGGUGCUACAAUGUUUUUGUUUAUUAUUUGUUUUACAAACACCAAGAGGCAUUUUUAUGAAUAAAGUGACCUUCCCCAGGGCUGACGAGCCAGGGUUGAUGAGUGGAUAGAGUAGAUGGCCUGGCAUAUCCCUCUGGGUAAUGAUAACGUACCAAGGAAAGAACACCACUGGCCAGAGGACAGGUGAUUCUGGAAUGAAUGCUGGUUCUCCAGUGCUUUAUUGCCUUCCCCUGACUCUCUCCUUUUUACCCCCCGCCCCCAAGGUCCAACCUUCAAAUUCACUCCUUGCUAUACUUUCCACCACUACCACAGGGGAAACGAAAUGAAACCCCUGCCACCAGGAGAGUCAGUCAACACUGAUUGGGUGGGCAAAAGGGAAAACUGGAAAACAAAUUCAACUGUUGCUUUUAGAACCUUUCCCUUUCAGAUACAGCUUAAAGAGUAGGGGGGAAACAUGUGUUUAUUCACAGGAGAUUAACUAGAUGGGGUCCCAAAGACUUUAACAAAAUAUUUUUUUAAAGAUCCACUAGAAUAGAAAAUACAUUAUUUAGAUAUACUUUAUGCUGAGAGUGAGUAUAUAUGCUUGUCCUAUUUAAACUUGUGAAAGAUGUGGUAUCCCUUGAUACAUUUAGAAAUGUGGGGCAAUAUCUUGUUUCUUGAAAAAAAGCAGGAUGACCCUGUUGAAAGAAUCUUAGCAUGGCCAACUUGGAAUUUACAAAGUGAUCACCAGGAAAUGCAAGCCUUGGGGCUUUUACUGGCCAGGCUGCCAUGAACUGCGAACUCCAAAGCAUAGUCAGGGAAAUGUGUCAGACCAAUGGAAACACACACAGAAAAGCUAGACUUUUUUAGCUAUUGCAAGCCGUGUGGGUUGAGACCAAGCCUUUCAAAAACAAAAACAAAAUCACGAACAAAACACAAAAACUGUGAUGAACAGGUCAAAUGUGAAAAAUGGAACGCAUUCCAGUGAAAUGAGGAUUUUUAUAUAUUAGUUUUUAAAAUGCUUAUGUAAAAAAUAGGCGAAGUUAAUGGACAGAAUUUAUACACGGGAAUAAAGUUCUUCGAUUUUUGGGAAGUCCUCGAUUGGCAAAAACAUGAAGGAAAGGCAACCACGGAUUUCUGGCACACGGGAGAGUUGCACACAUGCUCCAAUAUCGUUUAGGCUCACCUGAUGUUAUUCAGAGUGCAUAUAGAGUUGAGGCAGGGGCUGUCCUUCCACAGGAUAAGUGAAGGGGGGCUUUCAGACACACGUACAAUCAACCCAUUUGUUCAGAACUUCAGCCACAGUCUAAUGGAGAUUUCAGUCCCCUACUGAAUACGGAACUGAGAGUUCGCACCAUUCAGUCCUUUGUUUGGGCUCUUUGUGGUGAGGCUUUCAGUAAUAUUUUUUGAGGUCUGUAAGCCAAUAGGGUUGGGGUAGGGCUGAGGGGAAUGACACCUACUAAAUGGAUCAAUAGUCCGAAACAAAAUGAUGCUGCAUGUUCCAUAUCCAUGAGUAAAGAACGGCCCCGUAAUGACGGCAGUUAGUUGUAAUUACAUGAACAGUGCUCAUUUCACUUUAGAAAUGGUGACUUUUGUGGUUUCCCAGCAUUUGUCUCUAACAGAUAAUGAAAUAAUGUACUCAUGGCCCUCUCUACCAUUGUCAGGGAUUUUCUUUUAACUAAUGUUAUUCACAGUGAAAUUAGACCCCUUCGCUUCACCAUAGUGCCACUGCUAAUUACGUGAAGAAUAGCAAGCCUCUUAAUGCCAGUAGACUGCGUGCUCCACCUCCUAGAAAGAGCCUAAUUGUGGCUGAUGCAUUACCAGUUCUCUGGGCUACUUGAUGGCUUCAGGCCAUCUCGGCCACGUCCACCAAGUCCGGGCGGCCUGUAUUGGUGUGGCUACAACCCUCUGGAAGCUUUGGAGGAUCUCAGUGCAACCUUUGAGCAGCUUUGUGUGGAGAACACCAGGCGGUGUUGGCUGUCCCUGGGCUGGGACCUGCGCUCCUGGUUGCCAAGGGCUUUGCGACAUGAAGCAGGGAAAUAAGGAUCAGUCUGUUUAGUGGAUACUGUGUAUCCUUUCAAUAGACAAGGUAACAUUUCGUGUUAGUUUAGAAUAUUGUUUUGUACUGUACUUUCUUGGAUGGCAAAGGAAAGACAAGUAAACCGUUACAGAAAACUACGUUCUUUAAAUUCUGUAUUAUUAGCAACCUCUGUUGUAUAUAGUGUUUGAUAAUAAAGUAUUAAUUUGAUUCUUAUGUCUUUUGUAAGUGAGAACAAUAGACUUUCAGGAUAUAAACCAUGCAUUGACGAGUAGACAGCUUUGAAACACCCGGGAUGUCACAGGGUGGAGAACCGAGUCCCAAGUGGCCGUGACACUCCCCCAGUGUCAGGACCCAGAACAGCAGGACUUUGGCCGAUCCAUGCUUUGUCCUCAUGGUUGGAGGGUUGAACGUUGGAGCCCUGUGUGGUGUGUUUUUCCAGCACGUUGGUAGAAGGCUGAGGGAUUUAGGAAUGGUUCUGCACUGCAGUUUGGUCUGGUUUUCCGUUUGUUUGUGUUCAUGGACUGUCUCUCCCCUCCCCCUUCUCAAGAGUCCUGCCAGCAUCCCGUGUGGCGUGUGCAAGGAUCUGAAUCAAAACUGACAGUUGGGGAGGGGCCGGGAUAUGUUCUUCUCCCCUUCCCAUUUCGAAAAGAAAAAGUAGCAUCCGUGGAUUUGCAGAGACAAUUGUGUUUUCCCCAUUGCCUUAAGAGCAGCCAUGGUGGUUCUAUUAAGUUCAGAAACUCAGAACGUAGCUCCGACCGUCCAUUCAUUGCACUCAGACGUGUGGUCACUAGCUUCACUUCUAAACACCACCACCUCCACCACCACCCCGUCUGCACUUCCUGAUUUGUUUUCCUUCUUCCUGCUUUCCACUUUUUCCCUGAGUUGUGAAUGGGCAGGUCUGUUUCUGGUUUGGCAUCACUGAGUUUUUCCCAUGCAUUCUGCCCUGAGCUUCUCCGAUGUGAGACAAAUCUCCCUACAAUAAACUUGCUGCCAUUGUCUGUACACUUUAAUAGAUGCUGGCAUGUUGGAGGUUACCCAUGAGUCUGCAAAAUCCGCUUUCCAUGCUUACUCUUGACACCCCAUUGAAGCCACUCAUUGUGUGUUCAUCUGGGUAUGAAAGUCCAGCUCAGUGUGGUCCUGUGCUUGUACUGCCCUGCUUUGCAGUUUCUUUGCACUUCUUUGAGUGCUGUUUUGAAAUGCUUACAUUAUAUGAACUUUAAAAAAUGUAAAAAAAAAGAAAAAACACAAACGAACCCAUAUGAUCUGUAUUUGUAUAUACACGUGUCCGUACAAGUAUACCUGAAUAAAAAUUAAAGGUUUUCUUCAUUUUAA